AUGUGGGGUGAGUCCGGGCGGGACCGGCAGGUGGGAGGAGAGUCCGGACUAACCGCAGCCGCCGGAAAGACUCCUGGUCAUGUGAUCGGAGUGGCCGGGACCCUCUGCAUUCAGAGUUGGGGGCUCGGAACAGAGGCAGAAUCCAUUGUCGUUUACAGAUGUGUCUUUGACUUCUCCCAGGAAAAGUGUGAAUUCCUGGACUCUGCUCAGAGGUCUUUGUACACUGAGAUGAUGUUGGAGAACUACAAUAGACUGGUGUCCAUAAGGAAUUCUUUUCAACAUUUAUAUACUGAUCUGACUGAAAUAAAGCUGGCAAAGGCAUUCUUCUGUUGGGGAAUUCAUGCUGGAGAGAAACCCUACAAAUGUGAAGAAUGUAAAUGUGACAUGUCCUUUACUCAAUACUUAAGAGUCAUUACAGAAUUCAUACUUCAGAAAUACCCUACUUAUGUGGAGAAUGUGACAAAAUGUGGCAGGUCCUUGACUUUGCGCUCAACAUCGAGUCAUUACAGAAUUCAUACUGGAGUAAAACGCUAUAGAUCUGAAGAACAUGAUAAGUCCUUUACCCAGGCCACACAUCUUCAAAAUCAUAAAAGUAUUCAUAAUGGAGAGAAACACUACAAAUGUGAAGAAUGGGCAAAAUCUUUUACUCAGAACUCCAAACUUAGGACACAGAGGAACCCUACAAAUGUGAAGAAUGUGACAUGUGCUUUCUUCGAAUGUCAUCUUAGAAUAUAUCAGGCAGUGCAUUCUGGAGAGAAAACAUACAGAUGUAAAGAAUGUGACAAGUGUUUUAUCCAUUACUCAAAUCUUAGACAUCAUAAAAAAAUCCAUCCUAGAAAGAAGCCCUACAAAUAUGAAGAAUGUGACAGGUCUUUUACUUCAAGCUCAACAUUAAAGAAUCAUUACAGAGUUCAUAGUGGAGAAGAACAUGACAGAUAUGAAGAAUGUGAUAAGUUCUUUACCCAGCCCCCACAUCUUAGAAGUCAUGAAAGUAUUCAUACUGGAGAGAAAACCCACAGAUGUGAAGGAUGUGACAAGUCCUUUACUACAUGCUCAUCACUUACGGCUCAUUACAGAAUUCAUACUGGAGGAAAAUCCUACAGGUGUGAAGCAUGUGGCAAGUCCUUUACUUCUCUGUCACAUUUAAGGUUUUAUCAGAGAAUUCACACUGGAGAGAAACCCUACAAAUGA